AUGCAAUCGCCGGACGAAUUCCAUCUCAUAAGGAGGGCUAACACCCUCCGCAAAUCGCUGAACCCACGUUUAAAACGUGCGCAACUGUCAGCCCACUUUGCAUUUCUCAAAGACAAUAUGCGUGCUGUUAAGCGCAUUGUCCACGAGUCCAACCGCUCCAAACUUCCCAAAGCCAAUUACCUGGUUUUCCAACCAGAGAUUAGCGAAAGAGAGAGAUUUGCUGUGGUUGAUUUCAUCCAUAAGCUGGUGAUUGAUCUCGGGUUGGAUCACCGGGUUUUUUUCACAGCCAUCAACUUGAUUGACCGGUACUGCCACACCAUUCCGGUUAUGCUCAAGCAUCUUGAGGUACUUGCGUUGAGCUGCAUUUGGAUCGCCUCUAAGUUCCACUCGCGCAAGUCUCGAAUCCCAGAGGUUUCAAAGCUUUGUGGUUUGACCAAUGGCUUUCAUAACAAGGAGAAAAUCAUCAAGAUGGAGUCCACUGUCUUGAAUGCCUUGAACUGGGACGUUAAUGACUGCACCUACGACUUGUUCAUCGACACCAUCUUGCAGGGUCAGGUGGAGCUGUCGGUGGAUUUGAUUAAGUAUGGUGCGCUUUAUCUUUGCGAGUUGGCCGAAUAUAAUCCUGGUGUCUGCAUGGAAUUCAACACUCGUGAUGUCGCCAUGGAAUCUGUGUUCCUGCUCGUGUGUGUUUCCCGCCAAUGGAUGCCCAGCAAGUUGAGCGAGCUUGGAAAGAUGCUGCUUAAGAUGGCCUCCAACCCACCCACCACUCUCAGGAAGAUUUAUGACCCAAGUCUCAAGAUACCGGAGUAUGAGGGAGUUUACUUGUUACACCGUUUCUGCUGUACCUACGAGAUGCACAAAGAGCAGGAAAAAGAACAGGCCAAACAGCAAAAGGAUUAUGAAAGCCAACAGCACCCGGCUGACGAAGAGACAGAUUCUGACUUUGCUAGCGACGACGAGCUGGAGAAUCAAGAGAAUCUUCACGCUCUCACCGCGCAGACCCCUCCACAAGAGCCCAAACUAGUCCGCAUGUCGCUGAGAUUGAAGCUCAGGGCUCAUCCAUAUCAUCCAUCCAUGGUGUCACCAGUGUCCAGUUCCAAUCCUAUGCGGGCUCCUGUUACUGGCCAAAUUCUGCACACCAACAUGACGCUCUUGCCCACUCCAAGGCCGUCGCCGGUCGAUGAGCUGAAUAAAAACAUGCUCCUGAACCCGGAAACGCCAAUUGAGAUUUCCGAUCCAGUUCCCUCACCUAAGUCGCGGUCCGACAGUUUGCUUUCGAAGACGACCUCAGUAUCGUCAGUUUCGUCUGCAUCAUCUGGGUCUUCGGGAUCGUUUGCCGCUCCGGGUUUUAGGGGCCAUGCCAAGCGCAAUUCCUCGUACAUGGAUGUGGAUAUGGAGAUGUCAAAUGAUCUGUUAGGAGCUGCGAAGCCUUCUGCAGUAUUGAGGGAGUAUAAGAGAUAUAGACGGAACGAGUGA